AUGAUGAAUGAAGAUCUUGAUGACGACGAAGACGACGUUAUACUUGAUCGACAAAAUUUAAUUCAUAAUAUAAAUAGCACAUCAAGUAAUUCCGAUCUUAAUCAAUCGAAUUUUGAACUCGACGAUGAUUCUAAUACACUAUCAAAACAAAAAACAGCGAUUUUAGCUGUUACUUGUAUAUCCAUUGGUAUGUUUACCGGAUUAUUGGGACCUACAUUUUCAUAUCUCGAACAAAAGAUGUCUACUAAAUUAUCAUCCAUUGUUUGGCUCAUUGCUGUUAAAGCAAUAGGUUUUCUUAUUGGAACUUGUUUAAGUUCUUGUCUGUACACAUGGUUUAAUGUAUGUUGUUUGCUUGGUUUAUCUUGUUUAUCGAUAAGUUUCGGUGUUUGUUCACUACCAUUUAUAACAGAUUUGACAACAUUUUAUUUAACUUCACUUAUACUUGGUAUUGCUUUGGGCUUAUCUUAUAGUGGAAUGGAUGCGCUUUAUAAUCGUGUAUGGACUCAACCAACUGUCUCAUCUAUUCGUUGGCUACAUUUACUCAUAGCUUUAGGUGCUAUACUUUCAACAUUGAUGCUACUACCGUCAACGUUUUCAACUGAUAAAAAUACUUCAUCAAUUAUAAAUACUACUCAAUCGUUGCGGCCGCCUCGUGAAAUUUUCAAUAAUAAUACAGAAUUAUCAUUUAAUUUAUCAACAUCAAAAUCUAUUUGUAUGGAUUCGUUUUGUUGUUAUGAUCAGAAUAAUCGAAAUCAAACAUUUAUCUGUCAAGAAAGCGAUAGAAAUAAUUCGAUCGAUUGUCAAAAUAUUCUUUCAUCAUGCCGAACUUCAUUAUUAAAUAUCUGUAAUAUAUCGUGUCACAUUGAUCGGGUAUGUACGUCAAAUUGCUCAAUGGAAUCCAUUGAUCCCGCUACAAAUAAAAGCAGCAUUAUCCCUGUAAUUGUUAGUCAAACAUCAACUAGUCAUCAUAACAAACCUCAAACAGCUGAAUCAUACAACGAUGAUCUUUCACAAAAUUAUUUUUAUCUUAAAAUUCGUUCAUUUCUUCGUUCGAUUACAUUGAUUGAUUUAAUUUAUUUGUUUAUUUCGUUAUUAUUUUUUCUAUUGGCUAUUACCUAUUCCAUAUUGGCGAUGAAGGACGACACAAUGGGUUUACUUUCGAUGUCAAAUUUAAACUCAUUAUCAUUAUUAUUUAUUCAGCCUCAUCGAAUAGUUAAUAAUUCGAAUAGGCAAGUUUCAUUGCUGUCGGAUCGUUCAUCAUUUAAAUUUGUUUUUCUUCUUGCCUUAUUUUAUUUUAUCUUAUCCGGCAUUGAAAAUUCCUGUACGUAUUUAACAUAUCUAUUUGGCAGAAAAAUUCAAUUAUCAGAAAGAAACAGUUUAGUAUUUCAAAUUUGUUAUCUAUGCGGUCGUUUAAUCGAUAUACUUAUUAAUCAUGCGUGGCUUUUAGUGAAUAAAUACCUGAAAAAACAAUCAGAUUUCAUUUCAAUAAAAUCCUUAAUAUUUUUUCGUUUGCUCAUUUUAUUUCUUAUUUGUUUCUCAAGUUUAUCUCAUGAAAAACUGUAUUAUUUUGUAUUUUUCUCAAUCGGAUUCUUUUUAACAUCAUUAUCAAGUUUAAUAUUAUAUUGGAUUGAACGUGAUCUAAGUUUAAAUGAAUUACUUCUUCGUAUUAUAUUAUAUGCAAUGCUAAUUGGUGAAAUAAUCUUUCCUGUAAUUAUCUUUUAUAAAAUAGAAUAUUUUCUACAAUAUUAUUUAUUAAUUGGGUUAUGUUUAUUGAUGAUUUUAUUCAUAAUAAUUUUAUAUUCGAGUAAAAAAUGGCAACGAAAUCGAUUGUAUCGCUUAUUACCAACAUCCAUGGAAUUGGAUGAAAUCGAUACUGAAAACAAUACUGAUAAUGAAGCAUAG